GCGAGGCCGCUAGUCCGCCCGGGAGCGACCGGAGUCCCGCGGAGUGGCUGCGUCCGGAGACAACUGUUUCCAGGACGGAGGAGUGAACGUCGACAGGUGCUUCGGGAGGACUCAAGGCACCGGGAGCCAGGACCAGGCUGAGGCGUCUGCAGCUGGGGGACAGCAAUCAGGGACAGAGGACGCCAAGGAAAAGUGAGAGCAGAAGCUUGGGGGUGAGCAAAAGAGCCCCACUCGCGGCUUUUACGCAGGCUGGGGACUCCAUUUAUUCCUUCCGGGCGGGCCGGGUAAGUGCUACGUCAGCUUUAGGUGACCAGACGACGCCACUUCCCCGUAAGUCGACUAGAGUCCUCAGCACCUGUCUAGGGCUCCAGGAGAGGCUGUGGUCAUGGUGAAUGAAGAGCCUAACCAGCAAGAGCGCAAUGGCACCCCUUCGCAGACUUCCGACCUCGGGGAGAACCCCAGCCUCUUGGCCCAUCCCAGCGUCUCAGCCCAUCCAAGCGUCUCCAUCCACCCCAGUGUCUCUGCGCACCCCAGUAGUUCGGCCCACCCCAGUAGCUUGGCUCAAGCCAGUGGCUUGGCCCACCCCGGUAGCUCGGGCCCUGAGGACCUUAGCGUGAUCAAGGUGAGCAAGCGCCGAUGGGCUGUGGUCCUGGUGUUUAGCUGCUACUCCAUGUGCAAUGCCUUCCAGUGGAUCCAGUACAGCUCCAUCAAUAACAUCUUCAUGAACUUCUACGGGGUCAGUGCCUUUGCCAUCGACUGGCUGUCCAUGUGCUACAUGCUGACCUACAUUCCUCUGCUCCUGCCGGUGGCCUGGCUCCUGGAGAAGUUCGGCCUGCGCACCAUUGCCCUCACCGGCUCCACUCUCAACUGCCUGGGGGCCUGGGUGAAGCUGGGCAGCCUGAAACCACAUCUCUUCCCAGUCACCAUGCUGGGCCAGGUCAUCUGCUCCGUGGCCCAGGUCUUCAUCCUGGGCAUGCCCUCCCGCAUUGCUUCUGUCUGGUUCGGGGCUAAUGAGGUGUCAACAGCCUGCUCCGUAGCUGUCUUUGGCAAUCAGCUUGGAAUUGCCAUUGGGUUCUUGGUCCCUCCUGUCUUGGUACCCAACAUCAAAGACCAGGACAAGCUUGCCUACCACAUCAGCAUCAUGUUCUACAUAAUAGCAGGUGUGGCCACUCUGCUUUUCAUCCUUGUCAUCAUCGUAUUCAAGGAGAAGCCUAAACAUCCCCCCAGCAGGGCCCAAUCCCUAAGCUAUGCCUUGGCGUCCCCUGAUGCUUCAUACUUGAGUUCCAUCGUCCGACUCUUCAAAAACCUCAACUUUGUGCUGCUUAUCAUCACCUAUGGUCUGAAUGCUGGUGCUUUUUAUGCCUUGUCCACUCUGCUGAAUCGCAUGGUGAUCUUGCACUACCCGGGCGAAGAAGUGAAUGCUGGAAGAAUCGGCCUGACCAUCGUCAUUGCAGGAAUGCUUGGGGCUAUGAUCUCAGGCAUCUGGCUGGAUAGGACCAAAACCUACAAGGAGACAACUUUGGUGGUCUAUAUCAUGACUCUGGUGGGCAUGGUGGUUUACACAUUGACCUUGAACCUGGGACACCUGUGGGUAGUGUUCGUCACGGCUGGUGCAAUGGGCUUCUUUAUGACUGGCUACCUCCCGCUGGGAUUUGAGUUUGCUGUGGAGCUGACAUACCCAGAAUCAGAAGGCAUGUCGUCUGGCCUCCUCAACAUGUCUGCCCAGGUAUUUGGGAUCAUCUUCACCAUCUCCCAGGGCCAGAUUAUCGACAACUAUGGAACCAGGCCUGGGAACAUCUUCCUGUGUGUGUUCCUCGCCCUUGGAGCAGUCCUCACUGCAUUCAUUCGGGCAGAUCUCCGGAGGCAGAAUGCAAACAAAGAAACUCCUGAGAAUAAUCCCCCGGGGGAGGACGAGAGCAAAACCAGCAAAGCCCCCACUAGUGUAUUGGAGGAGCACCUCUGA